UAUCAAUAAGUAUUCCAAGUUGAAAAUCGAUACAACAGUAUUGCAGAAAUACCACUUUUUCCUUCAUUUCAUUUUCUUUUCUGUUUCAGUUCAAUUGUUUUCUCUGUUCCUCUCCAUCAAGAUACCUUUACAAUUUACUGAAGUUAUUAGUAAUUAAGAAUUGAUCGAACAAAAUCUUCAAAACUUUCACAAAUUUGAUCAAAAAUACUCCGAGUUAUCACCAUGAUGUCCUUUAUGAACCUAGAAGCUUCCAGCUUUCUCUUCAUUGUCUUGGUUGCCUCUUCCUUGAUCAAUACAUCAUCUCAACAAAGCAUCUUUGGUAUUAAUGUUCCACAAACUGUUGAAUGUUUCAAAAAGAUCACCUCAGCUUUGGGCACUUGUGAACAAGUACUUCAAGAUCGACUUGACUUGGUUGAUAAAGCCAGUGAACAAACAGGGGAUAAAGUGGACAAAACAAUGUUCUCUUGUUGUUAUUUUGCUGAAUUCUCUCAUUGUUUGGAUUCUAAAACGGAAGGAAAAUGUGGUAAAGACAUCAGUAGUGCGAUUGCCUCUGGAGCCAGUUCAGUUGCCAAAGUUCUCAAUUCAAAAUGUGAAGAAUAUGAAUACUAUAGUGCGAAAUGUCUGUUUGUUGUCUACCUUAACUACAUCGUAGUUAUCGCCAUCAUCUUGGCUGUGAUUUCCGUCGCUAGUUGCGUCAUUGGUUGCCUUCGUCGUCGUUAAACUCCAACAUCAUCAAGAACAACUCAACUACCAUCAUUAUGAACAAACAACAAAUUUUUGAAAACCUUCACGAUCAUCUAUUGUCAUCUCCCACCUCUAUCAAAAAAUGAAGUUUUUAUCCCCUGUCAUUUUUUUUCAUCAGCACUUCCCAUCUAAUCUACCUCCUGAUUAGUUUCAAUAACAAAAUCCUCAUUACUUUAAUGAUGCAACUUUUUGCUAAUUAAUUUUCAGCUUGAAAAUUUUUGAUGUUUGCUGAAAAGCUCAUUGAAUCUCUUCCUGUUAAUUUCUGUAAUGAUGUGAAUCCUCUAACUUUUUCUAAUCCCUUAUGUUCAUUAUUGAUUUAUCAUUAUAAUUUCUUUUUGCUCUGUAA